AUGAAGCUCUCCAACACUGUUGCCGCGCUGGCGACGGCUGGUCUCGCGACUGCCCAUGGCCACGGACACGCUCACCGCCACAAGCGCGCCACCGAGACCGAGAUUGUCAACACCGGUCCCGUUGAGUACAGCUUCGUCGUCUUGGACCCUUCCAAGUCCGGUGCCCCCGAGGCGAUCAGCAUCAACGAGGCUUGCCAGGGUCUUGCCGACCACAAGUUUGAGUGGCUCGAUACCGCCGUUGCCGCUGCCUGCUCGUCCUCCAGCACUGCCACUCCUACUUCGACUUCCACUCCUGCUCCUACCUCCACCAUUGCUCCCGCUAUCCUCCAGGAGACCGCCGCUGCGAUAACUCCUUCCAGCUCGAGCAGCACCGUCGAACCCACCAGCUCCACUAGCUCUGCCACUGCUGCCGCUACCAGCAGCUCCUCCAGCUCCAGCAGCUCCGGUGCCACUGGUCUCACCGCCGAAUUCCCCGAUGGAGAGAUCGACUGCGGUACCUUCCCCUCUGAAUACGGUGCCGUCGCCCUUGACUACCUUGGUCUGGGCGGUUACUCUGGUAUCCAGUACGUGACCCUGGUCGACGACCUGGUCAGUGACAUUGUCACCGCUGUUACCGGCGAUGAGUGCCACAGUGGCGCCAUGUGCUCGUACGCUUGUCCCGCUGGCUACCAAAAGUCCCAGUGGCCCGAAACCCAGGGUGCUACUGGCCAGUCUGUCGGUGGUCUGGAGUGCAAGGGCGGCAAGCUCUACCGUACUAACUCUGCCCACAAGCAGCUUUGCAUUGAGGGUGUUGGUGGUGUCCACGUCAAGAACCAGAUGUCCAGCGACGUCGCCGUUUGCCGUACUGACUACCCCGGUACCGAGUCCGAGACCGUUCCUCUGUCUGCCGUCUCCGGUGCCACCCACCCCCUUACCUGCCCUGACGGUGACACCUACUACAACUGGGAGGGCAAGUCCACCUCCGCCCAGUACUACGUCAACCCCAAGGGUGUUUCCACUGAGAAGGGUUGCCAGUGGGGUGACGGCAGCGAGCCCAUCGGUAACUGGGCUCCUCUCAACCUCGGCGUUGGUUACACCUCGGCCGGCAAGUUCCUGUCUAUCUUCCCCAACACCCCGACCACCACCAAGAAGCUCGACUUCAAUGUUAAGCUCGUCGGUGACAACCUCAGCGACGAGUGCCGUUACGAGGGCGGCACCUUCUACGACUCCAAGGGUGCUAUCAGCGGCAACAGCGGCUGCACUGUCGGUGUCACCUCCGGCAACGCUUACUACGUCUUCUACGAGUAA